CUUUAACUGAAGUCCUUUUUUUAACUCCACAUCUUCACUUUUACUCAACAUGAUUUUAACUUUAAUACUCAUCACAGGAGCUCGCGGUGUGUUGACAGUGGGGUGUGUUUGUUGGUGGGCGGGGCGGGCCGGUGGGCAGCAGAGAGGGGCGGUGCAGAGCAGAGAGGAGAGUCAGAGAUGCUGAGGAGGAACCGCAGCUUGUUCCGCACUCUGCGGGGGAUUUAACGCGUUAAACCCGGAGAUAAACUGACGAGAGGCCGCAGAGGAGCUGAUGAAAAGGUGCCAAAACCACCUGAUGCUGCAUCCUAAUCUGGUCACCUGGGACUGAGCACACACACACACACACACACACACACACACACACACACAUACACAUACGCAGGCAGACACACACACACACACACACACACACACACACACACACACACACACACACACAUACACAUAAACAGAAGGACAGCAAACAUGGCGUCAGACCCGCCCAUCUUGACAGAGCAGGAGGAGCUGCAGAGGAGAGCCAAUCAGGUCACAGAUGAGUCCCUGGAGAGCACGAGAAGGAUGAUGCAGCUGGUGGAAGAGAGUAAAGACGCUGGGAUCAGAGCUUUGGUCAUGCUGGAUGAACAAGGAGAGCAGUUGGAGCGUAUUGAGGAAGGCAUGGACUCCAUCAACAGGGACAUGAGGGAGGCAGAGAAGAACCUGACAGACAUGGCUCAGUGCUGUGGUCUGUGUGUCUGGCCAAUCAGGAAACUGAAGGCCUUUGAGGAGAGCGGUGCGUACAAAGCGGUCUGGGGUGGAGCCUCGGGUCAGGACGGCGUUGUUUCCAGUCAGCCGCCAUCAUCUCAUGUGGUGGAUGAGAGGGAGAUAAUGAUCAUGAGUGGAGGACACAUACGGAGAGUGACUAACGAUGCCCGAGAGGACGAGAUGGAGGAGAACCUGUCUCACGUCGGCAGCAUCAUCGGGAAUCUGAAGAGCAUGGCGCUGGACAUGGGGAACGAGAUCGACACGCAGAACGUGCAGAUCGAACGCAUCCGGGGAAAGGCCAUUCUCAACGUGUCCCGCAUCGACGCCGCCAACCAGCAAGCCAACAACCUCAUGAAACGAUAGAAGCGGCGCUCUUCCCUCUCAGUCUUGUUCUACUUCAUGCUACUCGCAGUCACUGUGUUUUUGCGUGCCGUGCCAAAGUGCUGCCACUUUUAUUCUCUGCUUUACAUAGGUGACUUUUCAGUCUAACAUACUCAUAAUAUACUCGCUCUGGUCUUCUACGA